AUGGCAGACGCAGAAACACAUAAUGCUGCUGAAAAACAGUCACAAUCUAACAAGUCGUUUAAAAAGAGGUCUCAACAACACUUAUUUCCAACUUUGGAUUUGUGUCCAAGGGAGAAACAGUCCUAUCUUAAUAGCAUUGCACGCAUUAACAGAGGAAGAAUAAUAAGAGAAACAAAAAAAGAACAAGUGAAUAGAAGCUUGCCUGUACCAUCAAAGAGAGUCAAGUUCAAAGCAGUUCUGCCUAAAAACACAGUCAAUAUUCCCACUUCUCCGAAUUAUUCAACCUGCUGCAACUCAAAGCAUAAUGGCCGGUUUCCUAGCACCGCUCAGCACAGGCUUUAUUUACUGAAAAACCUCAAAAUUAGGGCAACAAUUCGUGGGCACAAAUGA